CCCCCUUUUCCUGAUUUAUCGGUCAAAUUCAGUUCCCUCUCCCCAUCUUCAUCAUCCAUCAUCACAAUUUCUACUUGUCACAAAGUGAAUAAUAAUUCACAAAUCACACAAUAAAAACCCUAUUCCAAUUCAUAAGGAAAACUCACACACAAAUGGCUUUCCCUCACUCUCUCUUUCUCACCUUCUUUCUUCUUUUCCUCUCUUUCUCUCACUCAUCUCAACAACACGAACAAGAACAACAAUCUAAUAACUCUCCUCAAACCUACAUCAUCCACGUGGCAAAACAACCAAAAAAUUCAAUUUUCUCAACCAAUCAAAAAACCCAUUUCUCUUCCAUUCUCAACUCCCUCCCACCAUCCCCUAACCCAGCAACCAUCCUAUACACAUACACAUCCGCCAUUCACGGCUUCUCAGCCCACUUAGCCCCAUCCCAAGCUGCCCACCUUCAAUCCCAUCCGGACAUCCUCUCGAUUCAAACUGACCAAAUUCGCUAUCUUCAUACUACUCACACCCCCGUUUUCCUCGGCCUCACCGAAUCCUCCGGCCUAUGGCCUAACUCUCAUUUCGCUUCUGAAGUCAUCGUCGGUGUCCUUGACACCGGUAUAUGGCCCGAACUCAGAAGCUUUUCAACAUCUGAUGAUUCAAAUUCAUUAAAAAGUCUGAAUUCUUGGAAAGGAAAAUGUGAAAUUAGUAAAGAUUUUCCUUCUUCUUCAUGUAACUCUAACUCCAAGAUUAUCGGAGCGAAAGCUUUUUAUAAAGGCUAUGAAGCAUAUCUUCAGCGACCUAUCGAUGAAACUGUGGAAUCCAAAUCUCCUAGAGAUACUGAAGGACAUGGAACACAUACAGCUUCAACAGCAGCUGGAUCAGUUGUUGGUAAUGCUAGUUUGUUUGGUUUCGCUAGAGGCGAAGCUAAGGGAAUGGCAACAAAAGCUAGAAUUGCUGCUUAUAAAAUCUGUUGGAAACUUGGUUGUUUUGAUUCUGAUAUUCUUGCUGCUAUGGAUGAAGCUGUUGCUGAUGGGGUUCAUGUGAUUUCACUUUCGGUUGGUUCUAAUGGUUAUGCGCCUCAUUAUUAUCGUGAUUCGAUUGCUAUCGGUGCUUUUGGUGCUGCACAACAUGGUGUUGUUGUUUCUUGUUCUGCAGGUAAUUCAGGACCUGGUCCUUAUACUUCUGUUAAUAUAGCUCCUUGGAUUUUGACAGUUGGUGCUUCGACGAUUGAUAGAGAGUUUCCUGCUGAUGUUGUUCUUGGUGAUGGUAGAGUUUUUGGUGGUGUUUCUUUGUAUUAUGGUGAUAGUUUACCUGAUAAUAAACUUCCUUUGAUUUAUGGUGCUGAUUGUGGUAGUAGAUAUUGUUAUUUAGGGUCUUUAGAUUCUUCAAAAGUUCAAGGGAAGAUUGUUGUUUGUGAUAGGGGAGGGAAUGCUAGAGUUGAAAAGGGUAGUGCUGUGAAAAAGGCUGGUGGGUUAGGUAUGAUUAUGGCGAAUACCGAAGAAAACGGUGAAGAGCUUCUUGCUGAUGCUCAUCUUGUUGCAGCUACAAUGGUGGGUGAAAAUGCUGCUGAAAAGAUUAGAGAGUAUAUAAAAUCGAGUGAGAAUCCAACGGCCACGAUCAAGUUUAAAGGGACUGUGAUCGGUGGUGAAGGUUCGCCUUCUGCUCCUCAAGUUGCUUCCUUUUCGAGCAGGGGUCCAAAUUAUAGAACUGCAGAGAUUCUUAAACCAGAUGUCAUAGCUCCUGGUGUUAACAUUUUAGCAGGGUGGACUGGGAAAGUGGGUCCCACUGAUUUGGAGAUUGAUCCUAGGAGAGUUGAGUUUAACAUAAUUUCAGGUACUUCUAUGUCAUGUCCUCAUGUUAGUGGAAUCGCCGCGUUGCUUAGGAAAGCUUAUCCAGAAUGGUCACCAGCUGCAAUUAAAUCUGCUUUGAUGACAACAGCUUAUAAUGUUGAUAAUUCUGGUGGAAAAAUUAAGGAUCUUGGAACAGGUAAAGAGUCAAAUCCAUUUGUUCAUGGAGCCGGACACGUUGAUCCUAAUAAAGCACUUAACCCCGGUUUGGUUUAUGAUUUAAACAUUAAUGACUAUUUAGCUUUCCUUUGUUCAAUUGGUUAUGAUGCUAAGGAAAUUCAGAUUUUCACUAGAGAGCCAACUAGUUAUAAUGUUUGUGAAAAUGAAAGGAAAUUUACUAGUCCUGGUGAUUUGAAUUACCCUUCAUUCUCUGUGGUAUUUGGAGCUAACAAUGGAUUGGUCAAGUAUAAAAGGGUUUUAACUAAUGUUGGUGAUUCUGUUGAUGCUGUUUACACUGUCAAAGUGAAUGCACCUUUUGGUGUUGAUGUUAGUGUUUCACCUAGCAAACUUGUUUUCAGUAGUGAAAACAAAACGCAAGCUUUUGAGGUUACUUUCACUAGGAUUGGAUAUGGUGGUUCUCAGAGUUUUGGGUCACUUGAAUGGAGUGAUGGAAGUCACAUUGUGAGGAGCCCAAUUGCUGCUAGAUGGAGUAAUGGAUUUUCCUCAGCAUCUUUUUAAAUUUUCACUUUAUUAUAAUGCUUUGUUGCUGUGAAAGUGGAAACACAUUAUUACCAUGCAUAGGUUAUCUAUGUAUGAAGUUAAUUAGUCUUGUCUUCUUGUAACUUUUCUGUUAGCUUAUUGUACAAACUACAAAAUAAUAAUAAUUUGCUACGGUUGUUGAUGUUUCAUGAA